AAUAUGACCUGCUCGUGUUGUAUUGUUGUAUUGUAGAUAUGAUGAUGUGGGCGUAAAAAUUAAUUAAAUAAACAAUCAAAAAAAUUCGUCUCUAAAUUGCAACACUUCGUUUGUUGCCCUCUGUUUGGAAACUCUGUUAAGGCCUUGAAACUAUUAUGUUCUUUGGUAUAGCUCCAUAAUUACCAUUAACUCCAUUAUUACUUUUAAAUGUUUCCUAAUUACUCAAGAAAUAUGUAGGUACUUAAUUUAAAUAGUUGUUUCUUUUUCAAAAAUUAUUCAUUAUUCAUUAAAUAAAGCAAAAAUAACUCCGACAAAUCACAUAAUUAAAACCAAUUUACAACUUUCCGAAAUUAACACAAUCGUACAAAAAAUCACUAGAAACAAACAACUGACGACCUUAACAUUCCUCUCACGAUUUUUGCGUAUCGACACGAAAAAUACUUACAUCUGAACUUUUCUUUGCUUGAAAUAAAUAGCAAUAAAGCAGCGAAUCCUGAUCAUCCCUCAUCAGAUAGAGAAAAGUGGUUGGAUCUUGGUCGGCUUGUGAAAAACGCGUCACUUGCCAGAUUUUGUGUGAAAACUGCAACUCAAAAUCUGGAUUGUACGCCUGUAGAACUCCAUCUUCGAUUCCGAGACUCAACUGUAACAAAAUGCACAGUUUAUUAACUUUCGUUUUAUCACCUGACAACGUGCGACGACUCGGCCCUCAAAAUGCAAAAGAAGUCGAAAAAUUGACAUUGAAAAAUACUGAAUAUUUAUUCGGGGAUACACCAGUGGAUAAACAUCUUAACCGGAAUUAUGUGUCUUUGGGGGUUUAUAAUGAUUCGGAGGAGUUGGCAGGAGUGAUUUGUUUCAAUUGUUUUCCUAAUAUACCGGCACUACCACCAUGGGAAUGGGCGUAUUGGUUGCACAACAAGUACCACAUUGAUAAUAUGGCACCCAUGACGACUUUAUGGAUACAUUACGCGGUGUGGGACCGGAGGUACACAACACUCUUUUUCAAACCCAUGCUUCAAUCACUUUUCCUGACUUAUGAACCCAUCGAUACCGUCUGUAUGGUUUGUCCACCCGGAAUCCAACGUUUGGACUUCAUCGAUGAGUACACAACCCGAGUCCUACCUUACGGUUUCACUAACCCAUCAAAAGUCCAAACUAUAUACAUUGCGAAAAAAGCUGAUUUCGUGGCCCAUUAUGUGAUCCGGAGGGCUGUGGAAGAAGACAAUGAUGACCUCGUGGCCAUAAUCCCCAAAAUUAUCGAAGAGACUUAUGGACAGUACUAUAUUUCUGAACUUUUGAGUAAUUUGGACGAGACUGGACGCCAGAUUAUAGUGGCGGAGCAUCGGGGAUGCGCAGUGGGCGUCUUGUGUUUGAACGAAGAGGUCAAUUAUGAUGUCCUCAAUGAGGAGUUCGAGUUGGUACCUUUUAACGGUUUAAGGAAACACGACGCUGAUGAUGAAGUACUCAAAACGCAGGUUUUGAGUGCCACGGCCAUACCGGUUUUGGAGGAUAGCAACGAGCGACUGUCUAAUACAACUCUUCAGGAGGAGACUCGUGAAGAGUCAACUGCUGAACAAGAUGAUCAAGACAAUAUUUCCGACGAUGAGUUUUCUUUAGUCAACUUAUCAUCAUCUUUGAUAUUUAAUUUUUUGUACGAAGAAGAUGAAACUAGUGAUCAUAUCUUACUUUCCGGGAGUGAAACUAGUAUCGAAAGCCAUUUCAGCGCUGUUGUUCUCAAUGAAGAAUACGAAGACCACUUAUACAACGCCGAUCGAAGUGGUGGCGACGUCGAAGGAGAUGAAAAACGCAUCCCUCGACGUAAAGAAUCCAAAUUAGAUAAUAUAACAAUCCCUACGUACCACGGGGAGGCCAAUGCUUUCGCCCUUGAAAUUUGUACAGCGAUGGAUGAUCAUGAAAACUGUCUCUAUUUACUUUUCCAAGCAGCUUUCGAGUGUUUUCCAGAUAGGGAUUAUCUUAUUGUGUCAUUGCCCACGGAUACGCAAAUGUGUUACUUGAAGAAGCAUUUCACAAGAGUGACGCCCAGGCCUAAUUCGGUGUUUAAUCACGAAUUGUAUGUUUUGCAUAAGAAUGCGAUUUUGGGGGUUUUGUGGACAAGGGUGGCUGUGUCGGAGGAUAAGCCGUUGGUUAGUGAAUUGGUAGCAACGUUGAGCAAGCCGUCGAUUGUCGAAGAGUUGUUUAAGGAAGCUGUGGAUAAUAGGGCGAGUCCGUUUAAGGCCUACACGUUCUUGUGUGAAGAGCAGAUCAUUGGAUGUGCGAUCGUCAGCGAAGAAGAGGAACACGAAUACCUCGAGCUCCACUACAACGUCGACCCCUGGUUAAACCCCAAAGAAACCCGAUUUGGGACCUGCGGCUGUCUUGAACAAUUCCUCCUAUCUCCUGUGUUUCAAUGCCACAUUAACUUCUUCACUCGCGAACUGCACCGUUUGAGCGGUUUUGACGUCCUUUUUUACCGAUUGAAACGCUAUGAUUACAUGUAUAGUCAUCGGAGUCUCCCUAUUGUCAACGCCAUCGUAAACAUGAUCCCAGUACUCCCUAAUAGAGUCCCUGAAUAUAGCAAACAAAUCACAGACGAGUUCAUGCUUCCUCUAUGUUUGCAAAAACACCACCAACCUUUCGGACUUUAUCUGUCAUCAAUACGUUUAAGCAGCAUGCCCAAAAUCGAAAUCAAUCAGAAAUUGGUGAUCGUGGGAGCCGGACUUACGACUAUAUCCUUUCUAGAGUCAUUGAUUUUUGGCCAAAAUCCCAACUUUUUGAUAGUUUUUACAAAUAUCACAGUCGUGAGUCCACAUGGAGUGACCUAUCAUAAGCCUCCAAGCCAAAUAAGAGAGAUGGUUUUCGUGAGUGAUGGUCACGUGGAUCGAAAAUAUAUCGAUGCGAUUUCCUUAAAGACUUACGUACAUGUUGUGACAGGAGUCAUGACUUCUAUUAACAGGAAAGAGAAGUAUGUAGGUUUGAACGAUGAGUCGUACCUCCCCUACGAUUACCUCUUCCUUAUAUGUGGCGAGCAAUACCAGAAACCACCACUGAAGAAAAAAGAAAUCGGGAAGAAGAGAACUGAGUUUCCACAGAACGUCUUCAUAAUUAAUACUGAAGCUGACGCUGGGAAUGCUUUCAAUGCGUUGAAAAGUCUCACUUCUGGUCAAAAACAGGGAAAUAUGGUGGUGUUUGGGCACUAUUUGGAGGCUUGCUGUUGUUUGGCUGCGUUACUAGAAUUCGGAGUUGCUGGAAGUAAUCUUGUUUAUAUCGAUCCAAGUCCGGAUAGUUCCUUAAGACAGGACCGACACGAGCAUUUGACUCAGUUUUUCAACGAUAGUGCGGUAGAAACGGCAGUAUUAGACGAGAUUCUCUACCAAGGAAUCACAAUCUACCAAGACUUCAACUUCGUUGAGUGGCAUCUAGACUCGACUAAAAACUUUGUAAUUUCGGCGAAAUUCGAAAGCAAGUACAAGUUUGUCGAAAUUGAACUUUCUGCACUUUUCAUCUAUCAUUCGAAAGGUGUGAGUGCUCGCACUUUCCAGGCUAUAGCUCGUAGUGGGCUUGUGUUUAAUGGCCGUUUGGUCAUUGAUAAGGACUACCAGACUAAUGAUCCGUCCAUUUAUGGGGCCGGACCCUUGACCAUGUACUCAAAAAAGUACUACGCGGAACAUUUGAGUCACAAGUACUACAAUUCGAGGGAAAUCGGUUAUAAUUUAGGUUCAGCGAUUCGGAAAAAAUUAGUACCGGAGCAAUUUUGGGAUCCUCCGGUUAAAGAAACACUGCUUCACCAACCGGUGAUACAGAUUUGUAGAUUCCCAGGGAAUUUGUAUUAUUUAAACGUGUUUAAAGCCGGUCGACCGGUACCACUAGAUGUGGCUACCAACAAGUGCAAUUAUGGUCGAGUUUUGAAAACCGGCGAUUGUAAAAAAUUGGAUAAACAAGGGUAUUUCCGACUCCACUUGAACCAGUUUCAAACCGUUGAAACCAUUACUUGUUUGGCCAAAUUUGAGUUGAAAGUGCACAAUUUGAUCAAUUUAUGGGGCAAACAUGAGAUACUCCUCAAUCACCUCUUGUUGAGGUACGACUUGGGGAUGAUUAACGACAUGUUUGAGUUUUUCGACGAGCCUUGGGCUUGUGCUAUUUAUCACAGAAACUUUCCAAAGGUCAUCGAUGAAAUCUCGGAGUUGUUACUCACGGCAGAGACCAACGAAGGGGUGAAACUUGUUGACGAAGUCCGGUCACAGUUGGAGAAAAAUGACUGGAAUCCGCUAACGAAGAUUCAAACCGACGAAAUUGAAGAAAUGUGUCGUGAUACGAAUCUGAUUCCUUUAAUUGAGAAGAAGAUUUUGGACUUUUUGCAUGAUAAUUUCAUGUAUUUGCCCAUGUAUGUGCACCAGUUGUUGAUAAGGUGGAUUUUGCAUCAAAUUCAGACGAGUCCCUUGUUCGUCAAGACGACUUUCCUUGCGCAUACUAGGAAGAGUCUUUCGCCGGGGAUUCCCUUCUUGACAAGGCCCACACAGUCAAGGAAUUGAAUAAAUUAUGAUAGAGUAGAGAGUUGUUGUUUUUUGCGUUUUUGGGAAAACCAAGAGAAUUCAGGGGUCAAAUCGGGCAUUGAUAAAGUGUGAUUUUUUCUGAGACUAAAUUAAGUUGUUUUGACACAUUUUCUAGUUAUUCUGUAGACAU